AGAAGAAGAAGAAGAAGAAGAAGAAGAACAAGAACAAGAAGAAGAACAAGAAGAACAUCAUAAACAUAAACAUAAGCAUGAACAUCAAGUAGCCUAAGGAGUAACGUGACUGAUACUUAGGUACUUCUGAAGACUGUAGCUAGAUUACGUUCUUGCCAACCUAGGAAAAACACGGGAAGGAGUAAAUUAUAAGCUUCAAGUUUCAUGAUGAAAUGCAGGCAGCUACGAUGGAGCAAGUGGAAGAACCCCCCUCUUUGUUGUGGGGACUUGACCCGAUAUUUUCUGCCUUCGCCAGACUGUAUGUCAGAGACAUUCUGCAGAUGACCGAGUCCACACAGGUGCCAGGCAUUUAUUUCUACAACUCACAUCCAAUAAGCAAAGUUGAUGUACUUGGAACUGUAGUUUACAAGAGAGAAAGAGAAGACUUCUUUUGUUAUGGAGUGGAUGAUGGUACUGGUGUUAUAAACUGCCUGUGUUGGAAAAGUGACCUGUUAAAAGGACAGGAGGAUCCUGGUAAAUCAAAGGGACAAACCAGUGAUGGGGCUCUGAGAGGCUUUAAUCCAGUCACUGAGCUGAAGAAACUGAGACAAUCCCAGCAGAACCGCUGCCAUGUGGAGAUCGGAGAGCUGCUCCGAGUCCGAGGGCCUGUGAAGACAGCACGGCAACAGAGGGAAAUCAAGGCCUCCACCUACUAUAAAGUGAACGACCCAGUGAUGGCGGUCCAGAUAGCAUGGAUGAUGGAGGUUCCUCAGCUCUACAGAGUGUGCUAUGACAAACCACUCCAGCUGCAUCCUACUGCAACGGGUGAUCCAGCCAUCAGUCCCCUCAGCAAGGCAACAAAUAUCAUUAAGAAUUUCUGUCAGCAGAAGUCGGUGACUAGGUUCAGACCCUACGAUGUUCAGGACCUCCUGCAGCCUCUUAUCUCCACUGGGCCUCAAACGACAUCUGCAGACAUGGAGCCUGUGGCAGGUCCAUCUGCCUCUCAGCAGCUACGCCAGCUUGUGAAGAAAGUCCUGGUGAUGUUACAAGAUGAGGGGCUCAUAUACCGCAAGGUCAAGUCCCAGGAUGAAGUCUAUCAUGUGACUGCACAGGAUAAAGAUCUACUCAUAGCUGUAAAAGAUAUUAUCAAGGAAGACUCCAAAAGAGAGAAGUACGCAGAGAAGGGCUGCCACAUCCUGCACAUCCUGUCUGCAGUCAGGCAGCGAUACAGCCUCAAUGUGAGCAAAGCAGCCCUGGAGCUGGUACUCAAAUCACUGGAGUGCAACAGUGACAUCGUCAGCACCAGUGACAACCAUUACACUGUGUUUUAAUAACCGAACAGUGGGGCUGGGAACCCUCUUUUACUGUAUGUACUGUUAGUGGUAUGGCCUGCUGCUAUGAAAUGUGAGCGACCAAUACAAUGGAGUAAAUCAUGCCGUUUGUAUGUUUGUGUUCAUCAUGAGCUUUUGCGUAAUUCCUGUUGUAUUUCUUAAUGUUACUAUAUGUAAGUGUCCUAAGCUUGAAUACUAAGUAAAGUAUAAACCUCAGGAAAGCUUUCAGUGCACGGUGUGGAAAAUAUUUAUCAGAUUUUGAAUGUUUUUGCAAAUCACUUAUUAAACUGGCAAAAUUAUACAGUAUGUUGCCAGUCAUCAGCCAUAGUAUUGCCAGACCACAGUGUGUAUUAAAAAAUAAGUUACCAGGCAAAACAGAUAGGGCUCAUGUAUGGCCAUAUUAACUCUGUAACAGGCCCGAGGGUAAAGAUGGACUGCUGGUACCCCAUGAGCAAUAUACAUGACACAUAAAGUUUGACACUGUGUUCGCCUCUAGCCCCUGUCUACUGUAUAUACUGUUUAUUAAAUGCUAUUUUUAUUGCCACCAUCGUCAGUUUCAAGCAGUAGUAUGGGCCAACGUCAUUUCCACAUGUGCAUAUUGUAUUAAAAUAAGUACAUAAUAGCAAAUAUGCUUCAUGUAGAACACAGAUAACAUACUUAAUUCAUACCAUUUGUGACAUGUAUCUCAUGAUAUAAGUAAGUAAUAUUUGUACACUACAUGCUGUGUAUACAUACUGGUGCAUUACAAUAGUACAUUACACAUUACAAA